AUGGCCGAUUACCCAAAUAUUCAUGACCCCAUUUUUCUCAAAACCAACCCUACCGAAUGCUCCGGCAAUGGUCACUGUGAAUGUGGAAAAUGCGUCUGCGAUGAAGGCUUUAAUGGAGCCACUUGUGGCAUAGCUGACGAGGUUGUGACCGCUGCCCCUACAGAGGAAACAGCUCCUGAAGAGGAGGCGAUGGAGCCCACUGAAAUUGAUGAGAAGGAGGACGAGAUGGUUGACGCUGACGAUAAAAUUGAACCUGAGCCAGCUGAUACGGUUCCAGAAGCAACCGAAAGUGACUAUUCAGCGCCUGAACCUGGCAUUCCAGAAGAAGCAAAAUCCUCUUCUGCUGUUUUCCUAUCAUUUAUCUUUGUUACCAUUGCAUCUAUGCUCAUCUAG